AACGUUUGGCUAAUUGGGCCUUCGUGACCGUCCAACCUCAAGACUAACGACCAUGGGUAUCUCCCGCACCUCCCGGCAUAAACGCUCCGCAUCUGGUGCCCAGCGCGCCCAUUACCGCAAGAAGCGAAAGUUCGAGCUCGGCCGUCAGCCCGCGAACACGAAAUUGGGCCCCAAGCGUGUGCACACCGUCCGUGUCCGUGGAGGGAGCUUGAAGUACCGUGCGCUCCGUCUCGAGUCCGGUAACUUCGCAUGGGGUUCGGAGCACGUUACGAGAAAAACUAGGAUUAUCGGUGUCGUGUACAAUGCCUCUAACAACGAGCUUGUCCGAACCAACACCCUUGUCAAGGGCUGCAUCAUCCAGAUCGAUGCCGCUCCUUUCAGACAAUGGUAUGAGGCCCACUAUGCUCAACCCGUGACGAAGAAGGGCGCCAAGACCACUGCGGAGACGCAGACGGAGGAGGAGGAGAAGAAGAAGUCGAACCACGUCCAGCGGAAGAUCGAAGAGCACCGAAAGGUGGCCAAGAUUGACCCCCUCCUGGAAACGCAGUUCGGCGCCGGUCGUCUUUACGCUGCCAUUUCCAGCCGCCCGGGUCAGUCCGGUCGUGCGGAUGGCUACAUUCUCGAGGGCAAGGAGCUCGAGUUCUACCUGAGGAAGAUCAGGACCGGUAAGCAGAAGCACGCUCAGUGAUCUGUUUAUUCGUGUUCUGCUUUCCUUUCGUCCUGCCUCGUCGGUGCUAUGCAUGGGCCCCUGGCGAGGCUGGGUUCCGGCGAUGAUGCGGUGCAGCUGUGGAGAAAAAAGCUGGGACGGUUUGCUUUGACCCACUCUCUUAUUCUGUAUGAAACUAUGCUCUCUAUAUGUGCAAUGCAACCCAUGGCCCGUGACUCUAAUUAGCACGUCGGGUGUCUUGGUCGCCCGGUCGGGAUAAAACUGUGCGAAUAAAAUUUCCGGC